GUGCCAGUUUCUGAGAUGGCAAAACCUUUAGAUCACAUCAAAAGACCCAUGAAUGCGUUCAUGGUGUGGUCCAGAGGCCAGAGGAGAAAAAUGGCCCAGGAAAACCCAAAGAUGCACAACUCUGAAAUCAGCAAGAGACUCGGCGCGGAGUGGAAGCUGCUCUCCGACGCCGAGAAACGUCCGUACAUCGACGAGGCCAAGAGGCUGCGGGCUCAGCACAUGAAGGAGCACCCGGACUACAAGUACAGACCCCGGCGCAAGCCCAAGAGUCUCCUGAAGAGGGACCGGUUCGUUUUCCCGCUGCCGUCUUUACUCGGGGACGCAGCGGAGCAUUUGAAGGGAUUUUCCAUGGACUCCUUUCUGGUCCCUGGCGAUAAAGCCAGAGCUCUCCUUGCUCCCGUCUCCUCCUCCUCCUCCUCGUCCUUUUCGCUGCUGGAGCCGGUGGCGCAGUUCAGCACCGGAGCUGUCCAGCGCAUGGCUGAGAUCCCGCACGGUCUGGCCGCCGGCGCUCUGCCCUACAGCGCGCACACGUUUGGGUACCAGACUGGAGGGAUGGGGGGUCUGGCUUGCCACGGACAGCACACCCACACCCACCCGUCACCCUCCGGCCCGGGGUACGUGGUGCCGUGUAACUGUAGCGCCUGGUCUGCUGCCAGUUUACAGCCUCAGGUAGCCUAUAUCCUGUUCCCGGGAGGGAUGACAAAGAGCAGCGUGGACUCGUACUCUUCAGCCAGCUCCAGUGUGUGACACACCGG